GUUGGUCGUCGCGGUAUUCGUUGUCCGUCGUCGUCGUCCUUGCCGUCGUCCUUGGGGAUUUUUUUUCGAUUCUUAGAGCGAUUACUGACCAACUUUGUUUGUCCAUGGCCGUUCUCGCACCACAAGAUUGGCAGCCACCUCGCGAUCUUACAACAAGCAUGGAUAAUUCAAUACCAAGACAACGUUCUUCACCUUCAAACGAUUCACAACCUAACAUACCCACUCAACCUUAUCCAUACCCAGUUCAGCAACAGCCUCAUGGCUCUUGGACUCCAUCUCCUCAAGCUCAACCCUUUUACCCUUCUUACUAUCAACAAAAUCAACAACAAAUCAAUUACCCAACAACAACUCAAAACCCUUAUUUCGACCCACAAGCUAACGCACAACUAGCUCAGUGGGCAUACCAGCAAAUGAUGUAUUCUCAACAACAACAACAGAUUCACGCUCAACGUACAACAACUCAACCACCAGAAUACUUUAACCCCUCCCAAUUAUUCUCCCCAUUUCCAAGUGGAACACCCCCUCCUCAUUCUCACUAUCCGGCUCCCCAACAGGCGCAGCGCUCCCUUUCAUCAGAUGCCGCUCAAUACAGCGGCUUUCAUCCCUAUCGCCGCCCAAAUAAUACUCGCUCCCAGGAUCAUCCAGAAUGGCGUACUCAACCACCAUACGCACGCGGUGAAGCUUCCGCUUCUACCACUUCCGUUAAUUCUUCAUCAUCUCACGGAGCCGCUACCUCUCGCCAACGUACAACAAGCAUUCAGGGUCAGCAAUCCCGCUCAAGGAACCCCCCUCCAAUAGAAACACCCCGCGCUCGUACAGGAAGCGGUUCAUCUAGUACUGGCAGUAGACCAACCCCACAUCCACACCACCGUACCACUUCCUCAUCUUCCACUAAUUCAUCCACACCCCGUCCCUCCGCCUCAACCGCAACCUCUAGAAGUUCUACUUCUACAGCAACAACCCCAGCAACCGCUUCUUCCUCUUCCCAUGCUCGCCCAGUCCGUCCUUCCCCACUUAGUCAAGGCACAUAUACGGCUGCGGAAAAGCGUAUGUCACGUGAUGACUCUGACCUAGCCGCCAUCCUCGAAGGCACUUCCAUAGGUGCAAAAACAGGCGGCAUCAAAGGCAGACUCCGUCGCGCCCUCAGUCUAAACGCCGCUCAAGCCCUUCAAGAAGAAGAAGAAACCCCAGUUGCAGGUGGCAGCACAAGCAAAGACCCUCCCACAACCACACCCCCAGAUGCAGACGCCGUUAGCACCGCCACGGUUCAAACUAAGAAAAAAGGGCGUGCUGCCAGUUUGUUCAAUAGCCGUUUGAACGCGAGCACCGAUAAUAUUUCUCUGAGCUCGACCAUGUCCUCCGCAUCCGUCGUGAUCCGCAAGAUCGGAUCCAUCGGAAAACUAGCAAGGCGAAACAGCCUCGCAGGUAUCACCUCCCUCUUCAAGGACAAGAACAAGAACAACGAGGGAGCCGAGGACAGCGGGGGAAAGAAGAAGAAGAAAAAGGAUGCAAAAGGAGAAGUCGUGGCUCCUAGCGUCUCUCAUGCCGUCGCUGAGCUUGAUCGGGGGGAAUGGAGUGCUCCGGAGAUGAGCGGGUUGAGUCCAGCUGCAAAGCUUGCUAGGCAGCAUACCCUCAAGAGUAAUGCAGAGGCUGCUGCUGCUGCUAAGGUGCGUGUGGAGGCGCGUGCGGAGCAGCAGCCUGCACAAGUUAAUGGGACCCAUGUCCCUGCUGCGUGGGAGAAGAACACUGCUACGCGCGCUGGAGAAUCGAGUGCGAGGGUCGCUGAGGAUGGAACGCGUGUGGUGGUUGAAGAGGAUGAGGAGAGUGACGAUGGACAUGCUUAUGUACCCCAGCCUGGACAGAACUUCAUAUCGGACGGCUGGGACGACGAUGAAGUCUGGGAUGAGGAUGGGGAAGAGGACGUUACUAUUCGUGUAGGAAUGAGUGCUGACCACCAGGGUGAAGACGAGGAAGUCGUCGCUUGGGCGACUAAUAUCAGGCGGAGCGUUGAGCGCCAUCGGACGCCUGCAAAGGGCAUCUUGAAAGGAGCUGAUAACUACACGCAAGAGGUGUAUAAUGGGGAAAGCGUGGUCAACCCUGCUUUUAGCCGCGUACGCUCGAAUUCGGAUAAUUCGCAUCCGGGGCAAGGUUCGGAGCUGGGUCCUCUCGCAAGGAUGCCCUCUCCUGAUCCAGACCAUAUAGAUGGGCUUCAUCGACACCCUUCCCAUUCAUCCACUGGAGGUACCUCAUUCCCGUCUCCUCUCAACCCAUCUGACGUUUCACCAGACAAAGAAAAUCAAAAUCAAAAAGAGAAAGAAAAGGGCAUAUUCACGCUCAGCAACUCCAGCGCCCCAGCCCUUUCAACAAUCCCUACCAACCCCCCGACGCUGACUCACCGCUCAGCAACGACGCCUGCCAAAAGGCUCGUGUUUGCAAAUAAUUUGUCGGUUUAUGAUACGUUUUCAUCGACUGUUUAUGAUCGUCGCAGCGAGCCUGCGACGUGGAGCCGAUUGACGCCUGCGUUGGCGCAACGCAUUAAGGAGGAGCUUAAUUCGUAUAAGAUGGAGGAGAUGGAGGUGCAUGCUUGUAGUCGAAUGCAUACCCAAUUUUUCAUCUGAGAUACCAGGCUUGGCUGAAGUGGCGCGUGGUAGUGCUUGUUCUUUCGAUUGUCGACUGCCCUACCCCACUUUUUCUAUCUCUAAAGUUCCUCGGCUCUUUCUCGUUGUUUCGUUUCGUACACACAACCAACCUAUCCAUCUAAAAAAAACCCCAGCAUACUCAUUGCUCAUGCACUCGCAUCUUUACAAGCGGCUGCGCUGCACAGUUUACCUCAUUAAAGCUGUCGGAUUCAGAUAUCCAUUUAUCCCAACGUGUUUUACCCUCUUCUCAUUCUCAUCUUUCAUUUCUCAUUUUUCAUUUUUUCUCUUCUGACAACAUAUACCCUCACGUGUAAUAUUAUGCGCGCCGGGCGUUGCCCCCCUCCCUCACACUCCCACUCUUUUGCAAAUAGCUCUGCUCGUACGUACAUUUGAUAUCUUGGACGCUGCGUUGAGUGCGUUUGACGGCUGAUUUUUUUUAACAAUGUGUUGAGCGAGCGGGCGAGAGCGA